GGACUGUGAACCUCGCUUGGAAGUCACUCGUUCCCCAAGACUGCUUUGUGUGAGGAAGCAACAGAACAUAUCUUCAAAAUGAAAACUGUCACUUUGGCUCUCAUGGCUGUCCUGUUGGUGGGCGUGGCACUUGGAAAGCCUCAGGGGCACCCAAACAACUGCAACAAUUGGUGCAAAAACAGCGCUGGUCAGUUCACGUGCUGCGACAAACUCCCAAAAUGCCCUGUUGAUAAUCGACCAAUUGGAGAGUGUAACCGGCCAUUCGGAUCAGCAGCAGCCGGCGUCUCUGGUCCUCUUCGAUGUGCAGAUGACAGCUCUUGCGGGGCAGGUGCCAUCUGCUGCCCUGAUAAGUGUCUCGGAUACACCGUCUGCAAGAAUCUCUGACUUGUCUGAUGCUUCCAAAGCAUUUGGGAUACAGAUGUUACAAAUGCAGAUAUCUAAUCUGAUUUCUAAAAUCAACGUUUGUUUUGAGUGAUGUAUUUGUUGUUGUAUGUAUUUAAUGACUGCUUUGUAUUACAUCAGUUGUUUUAAGAUUAUGUUGUUGCCUGGUUACUUUUGAAGAGAAAGUUACUAAUAAGAACUGUGAUAAAACGCU